AUGGCUACGGAGGUGGAGACCCAGUUAGCUGAACAUCCACUGAUGAGUCCAAGGGCUGAGCUGAAGGCUGAAAAGAAGUCAGAGCACAGGCCAAGGAGCCACGGGGACGGCGGGCCACAGAAAGAACUGAUGAUCCCAGGGAUCGUGGAUUUCCAGCUGAUCCAAACGGCACUGAAGACCCCCAAGCCUCAAACCCCUGGUGCCUACCACUUUGGCCGCCUCAGCCACCACUCCUUCUUCUCCCGACACCACCCCCACCCACAACGCGUGACCCACAUCCGAGAUCUCACCGGGAAGCCCGUGUGUGUCGUCAGAGACGAGUUCUCUCUGGCCCCCUUGCCUCAAGCCACACUUCUAUCCCGCUGUCUGAUGGGGAUGCCCACCAUCUCUGUCCCCAUCGGAGACCCGCAGUCCAAUCGGGAACCCCGGCUUUCUUCCGAGGCCUGGAAGAAGGAGUUGAAGGACCUGACUUCCCAGGUGGCCAUCUUCACCAAGGAGAAUGAGCUGAAGAGCAAAGAGAAGGAGGAGCCUCAGCGGGAGCAGGGGGCAAAGUACUCGGCCGAGACCGGGAGGCUCAUCCCCACUUCCACCCGAGCCAUUGGUCGCCGCCACUCCCGCCAGGCCCCCCGGAUUUAUCCUUCUGGCAAAGAUGGAGGAGUCCAGACCAUUGUCCUGCAGGAUCAGGAGCUGCUGAUCCUGGAGCUCCUUUGUCAGAUCCUGCAGACAGACUCCUUGAGCGCUAUCCAGUUCUGGCUCCUGUAUGCUCCCCCGAAGGAGAAAGAGCUGGCGCUGGGACUCCUGCAGACAGCGGUGGCUCAGCUCCUUCCGCAGCCCCUAGACUCUAUCCCGGUGGAAAAACUUCUCGAUCAGCUCCAGGAAGUCCAAGAGCCAUCUCAAGAAAGGCAACAGCCACCCUACAGCCAAUCCCCGAAGAAGAUGAAGCCACCGCCCCUACCCAAAGGCGACAAACCAGAGUAUAUCGGGAGAGCACAAGUUCUUCGGAUGCAUUCAAGCCAGAACGCAGAAGAGAGAACUUCAAAGCCAAAGGCAGAAUGCUGAGUCCGAGUCCCUUUGCCCGCCUUGCUCAGGAGCUGCCCCCAGGUUUGAGGCUGUUCUCAGCCCCACCACCUCAACAGCAACACCGAUUUUCCUAUCACACAGAGCCCAUUAAAAGGCUGCCUUCCC